AUGUUCAAAAAAGACUCCCUCACCCCGGGCGCCAAAUCCAAAAUCAAAUCCUCCGCGCAGCGCGCCAUCCGCCAAAAAGUCCUCGAUACCUACCCACUCCUCGAGCCGCACCUGGACGCCAUCCUCCCCAAGAAAUCCCAACUCGACCAAGUAAAACUGCCCGCCGAGCGCGCCACUCUCUUCUGCCUGGACGACACCCCCCUGUUCUUCCAGCACAUGGACGACGCCAUCAUGCCCCACCUCAAGGUCGUGCACCAGUACCCCCAGUGCUUCAAGACGGUCGGCAUCGACCGCGGCGCCAUCAGAUUCGUCAUGAGUGGCGCGACGCUGAUGGUGCCCGGGCUGACGAGCGCGGGCGGCAGGUUGCCCGACGCGGCCGAGGAGUUCAAGAAGGGGGACGUCGUGGUGGUGGCGGCCGAGGGGAAGUCGGAGGCCUGUCUGGUGGGCGUGCUGGAGCUGGGGACCGAGGAGAUGAAGGAAAAGAAGAAGGGCCCCGCCAUCAAGGAGGGGCAUUAUCUUGGAGAUGGACUUUGGAAAAUUGAUUUGAGUUGA